GGCGUGAGGACGGCCGUCCCUGAAGGUGCCGCCGCUGCCCUCCGGGCCGGGUGGUCGGCGCUCGCCGCCCCGAGGCCAGGGCUUCGCAGGCGGAGGCCGAGGUGUAGAGUGUAGAAGAACUUUGUAGGUAAUGUGCUUUGACCCGAACCUGGGGCGUGUGGACCAGCUUACCCCUGCUACAGUCCAGACUUUAUUUUGUAGGAAGUGAAAGUAGUUUUUAUUCAACAGCGCGUUUACAGGUCCCUUUCACACUCACUCAGCAUCUUUGUGUUAAUGAGUACUGUCUUGGUCGGCUGCGCCUUGCAGAACGGGUUAUAAAGUUACAGCGGUGGCCAUUUCGCUGGCGGUUCAGCGGUGGAGAACUUCAGUCGGGCAAGAAGCCGCCUUGUACGAGGGUGAUCAGCAUAUGACCCACGAAGGUGAGACCUCCAGACAGAAUAGCACGGGGAGAAUUUACUUGAAUCCAGAAUGAUGGAUCCGUGCUCAGUUGGAGUCCAGCUUCGCACCACAAACGAGUGCCACAAAACCUACUACACUCGGCACACGGGCUUCAGGACUCUGCAGGAGCUGUCAUCGAAUGACAUGCUUUUACUUCAGCUCCGCACUGGGAUGACGCUGUCUGGGAACAAUACGAUUUGCUUCCAUCACGUAAAAAUUUACAUUGACAGGUUUGAGGAUUUGCAGAAGUCGUGUUGUGACCCAUUUAACAUCCAUAAAAAGCUAGCCAAAAAGAAUCUGCAUGUCAUUGACUUGGAUGAUGCCACUUUUCUGAGUGCAAAAUUUGGAAGGCAGCUGGUGCCUGGUUGGAAGCUUUGUCCAAAGUGUACACAGAUCAUCAAUGGAAGUGUGGAUGUGGAUUCUGAGGACCGCCAGAAAAGAAAGCCGGAAUCUGAUGGAAGAACUGCUAAAGCUUUAAGGUCUCUCCAGUUUACAAACCCAGGAAAGCAAACUGAAUUUGCUGCGGAAACUGGGAAAAGGGAAAAGAGAAGGCUCACGAAAAACACGUCCGCUGGUCCAGACAGACAAGUCAUACCAGCCAAGAGCAAGGUCUAUGACAGCCAGGGUCUGCUGAUCUUCAGCGGGAUGGACCUCUGCGACUGCCUCGACGAGGACUGCUUGGGGUGUUUCUACGCAUGCCCUGCCUGCGGGUCGACCAAAUGUGGAGCUGAGUGCCGCUGUGACCGCAAGUGGCUCUAUGAGCAAAUAGAAAUCGAAGGAGGAGAAAUAAUUCACAAUAAACAUGCUGGAUAACUCAUGUUACCGAACUGUGGGGUCUUUAAGGUCCUCUGUCUCUUUCUAAAAUUCUGUUCCUCUUCAGAUAUAUUUUAGGCCUUAGAGUCAAACAAUAAAGAUUUGCAAACCA